AUGUAUGGCACCAGUGUCAGGCUCUGGCAGUACACGGUCUGUCCGCUAGAGGCGCUAGACCUGGAGGAGCGAGUCCAACAUCAGCGUCGAACAAGUGCAGUUCCGGCCCGGAUCCCGCCCCGCCGCCAUGAUGAACUACAGUGGAUCCCAAAAGCCACGGCGCUGGUCAUGCCAUCGAGUGUGCGGGCCGGGAGCCUGAAGGACCCGGAGGUGGCUGAGCUGUUCUGCAGAGAGGACCCUGAGAAGCUCUUCACGGACCUGAGGGAGAUCGGCCAUGGAAGCUUCGGGGCAGUGUACUUUGCCCAUGACAUCCGGACCAAUGAAGUGGUGGCCAUCAAAAAGAUGUCCUAUAGCGGCAAACAGUCCAACGAGAAAUGGCAAGACAUCAUCAAAGAAGUGAAGUUCCUCCAAAAGUUGCGGCACCCCAACACAGUGGAGUACCACGGCUGCUACCUGAAAGAGCACACGGCAUGGCUGGUGAUGGAGUACUGCCUGGGCUCUGCGUCCGACCUGUUAGAAGUUCACAAGAAACCUCUUCAGGAAGUGGAGAUAGCGGCCAUCAUCCACGGGGCGCUGCAGGGCCUGGUCUAUCUUCAUUCCCACACCAUGAUCCACAGGGACGUGAAGGCAGGAAACAUCUUGCUUACGGAGCCAGGCCAGGUCAAACUUGGAGACUUUGGAUCUGCUUCCAUAGUCGCUCCCGCCAACUCCUUUGUGGGGACUCCUUACUGGAUGGCCCCAGAGGUGAUCCUGGCCAUGGACGAGGGUCAGUACGACGGGAAGGUGGAUGUGUGGUCACUUGGCAUUACCUGCAUAGAGCUGGCUGAAAGGAAGCCUCCUCUCUUCAACAUGAAUGCCAUGAGUGCCUUAUACCACAUCGCCCAGAACGAGAGCCCCGUGCUGCAGUCGAAUCACUGGUCAGACUACUUCCGCAAUUUUGUGGAUUCCUGUUUGCAGAAACUUGUCCCCGAUAGACCUACCUCUGAUGUGCUGCUCAAGCACCUCUUCCUAUGCAGAGAGCGCCCAAUGACGGCUGUGAUGGAUCUAAUUGCACGGACGAAGGAUGCGGUUCGAGAGUUGGACAACCUUCAGUAUCGAAAGAUGAAGAAGAUUCUUUUCCAUGAGGCACAUAAUGGUCCGGCCCCUGAAGGAGGUGAAGAUGAAGAGGACGUGGAGCAGUACAUGCUUCGUACUGGGACAGUGAACAGCAUGGAGAGCUCUCAUUCUCUGCCGUCCAUGUCCAUCAGUGCCAGCUCUCAGAGCAGCUCUGUCAACAGUCUGGCGGACGGCUCCGAUGACAGCGGAGAGAUGGCCAUGAUGCAGGAGGGGGAGCACACGGUCACCUCCAACAGCUCGGUUUUGCACAAGCCUCUGAGUCAUGACAACAUCUACGAUGACCCUUAUCAACCUGAAGUCGACCCCCAGCGAGAAGUUUCAGUCGUGGGCGGGGUAGUAGGGGGAGGAGGAGGUGGAGGUGGAAGACGCCGGCGCAGAGACCACUUUGCUACGAUCAGAACGGCUUCUUUGGUCACGCGUCAGAUCCAGGAGCAUGAGCAGGGCUCAGCUCUCAGAGAACAGAUGUCGGGGUACAAACGCAUGCGGCGUCAGCACCAGAAGCAGCUGAUGGGCCUCGAGAACAAGCUGAAGGCUGAAAUGGACGAGCACCAACUGAGACUGGACAAAGAGCUGGAGAAUCAGAGAAACAACUUUUCUAUGGAGGGGGAGAAACUGUCCAAGAAACACCAGGCCAUUUUAGAAAAGGAGACCAAAGCCGUGUUAACUGAGGAAAAGAAGUUUCAACAACACAUCCUGGCGCAGCAGAAGAAGGAGCUGACCAGUCUCCUGGAGUCGCAGAAGCGGCAAUAUCGCCAACGCAAGGAACAACUUAAAGAGGAGCUGAAUGAGAAUCAGUCGACGCCAAAGCGCGAGAAGCAGGAGUGGCUGGUGCAUCAGAAGGAGUGUCUUCAGCAGCUGCAGGCGGAGGAGGAGGCGGGGAUGCUCCGGCGGCAGAGGCAGUAUUACGAACUCCAGUCUCGACAAUACAAGAGGAAGAUGUUGUUGGCUCGACACAACCUCGAGCAGGAUCUUCUCCGAGAAGAGCUGAACAAGAAGCAGACACUGAAGGACUUGGAAUGUGCCAUGCUGCUGCGGCAUCACGAGUCGACUCAGGAGCUGGAGUUCCGUCAGCUCAGCGUGGUGCAGCGCACGCGGGCCGACCUGAUCCGCACGCAGCACCAGACCGAGCUCACCAACCAGAUGGAAUACAACAAGAGGCGGGAACAGGAGCUGCGGCAAAAACACGCCGUGGAGGUCCGCCAGCAGCCCAAGAGUCUCAAAGUGAGUGAGAGCCCAGGCCCUGCCGAUGGGGAGGGGCAAUCUGAGGCAGGGUUAGACGGUGUGUGGGACGGGCAGGAGAUGAUGGAGGAAGAGCUGGAGAAAGUAGAGCUGGAGAAGGAAUUUGUCAUGGAGGAUAGAGGGUCAGAGGACUACAGAGCUGAGGAUGUGGAGGCGACGAAUGGCUCUGAGGUUUGCGUAGAUGAAGAAGGUGGCACAAAACCAAAGAUUAUCGAUAUCGAGAACGACAGGGAACAGUGGGAAGUUGUUUGCAAAGGCACAGAUAUGAGGGAAGUGUGGGGCAGCUCCAAACCCAACGAAUUAGACUCCGAUGACGAGGGCAGAGGCGUGGCCGAUGGCUGCCCGUCCGAGUUGUUCAUCGCUUUAGAACGGCGCAGACUCCUCGAGCGAGACGCCGACGAUCUCUCAGAGUUUUACUUCCCCGACAGCGUAGACGAGCUGGAGCCUAUCCCCGUGUUGCCGCCCGCCCCCCCUCCGGCCGCGGACACCUCUCUGGCCUCGCUGUUGUCUCACGUCUUGUGUCUCCUGCUGUCGCUCUCGGCCGCCGCUCACCCUUCCAACCUGACCCUGCUGCUGCUCUCUGUCUUCCUCCUCUCUCUUAGGCGCUCUCCUCCUCUGCCCUCCCUCUCCUCUCUGCUGUUGUCGGCGGAGCUGGCCCUGCUCGCUCUCUUCUUCUCCUACCUCUUCCUCCGCUCGUGCUGUGCCCUGUCUCUCUCUACCUUUCUAUGGCUCAGUCUGUGGGCCAGCGGCUUCUUCUGCCUGGGCCUCUCCUUCAGUCUGGGCAUCUACUACGUCCCGAUGAUUCUAAUCUCCGCCUCCUUCCUCAGCUCGCCCUCCCUGUUCCUCUCCUUAUACUUGCUGGUGGUCCUCGUCGUCAGGCCAGUGCGAGACUUUUUGCAAGACGCCCCCCGCAAGGUUAACCGGUUAUACAUGCGCGUCCUGUUCCGUUUGCCGCGGCCGCUUUUUGCCUUCACUCAGCUGUUUCUCGGAGGAAUGGCAGAGCGAAAUCUGUACGUGAUGUUUCCCAAGGCAGGGAGGAACUGGGGUGCGCGCCAGUCAAAAAUCCCUGUAUCUGUCAAGAAUCUACCUGAGAAUUUUCAGGCUUGCUGCAAUAAUUCUCCCUUAACCAAAUGUCGCAUGUGGAUGAAGCGUUUCAUUAGGCGUCCCAUUGGCGUUUUAGCCGACCUGGCCAACGCUGCGGUGGUGGGAAUAGUGCUGAAGUUGGUGAAAAAGCUGCCCCCGACGUGUCAGUCUAAAUUAGAAAGUGUGGGACUCCUAAAGAAGAGAUCCCCGAGUCGGUUACCGCGCCUGUUGCCACGUGAGGUGAGGGAGCACAGGCAGCUGGAGAGACAGAGCAGGGAGAGGGAGCGGAAGAGGAGGGCGGAGAGGGAGCGACUGUUCAGAGAUUACACUCGGUGGGAAAGUGGUUUGAGGAGAACGUCCUCUGGGAGCCUGGUGCGCUGUAAGUCUAAAGAACUCCAGAUUAAGCGACAGUUCCAGGACACGUGUAAGAUACAGACUCGUCAGUACAAGGCGCUGAGGAACCACCUGCUGGAGAACACGCCCAAGGCCGACCACAAGGCAGUGCUGAAGCGCCUCAAAGACGAGCAGACUCGUAAGCUGGCCAUUCUGGCCGAGCAGUAUGACCACUCCAUCAAUGACAUGCUGUCCACUCAGGCUCUGCGACUGGAUGAGACUCAAGAAGCGGAGUACAAGGUCCUGAGGAUGCAGCUGCAGCAGGAGCUGGAGCUGCUGAACGCUUAUCAGAGCAAGAUCAAGAUCCACACAGACACUCAGCACGAGAGGGAAGUGAAGGACCUGGAGCAGAGGGUGUCCAUCCGCCGCGCGCUGCUCGAACAGAGGAUUGAGGAAGAGAUGCUGUCGUUGCAAAAUGAGCGCUCCGAGAGAAUCCGCACUCUCCUGGAGCGUCAGGCGAGCGAGAUCGAGGCCUUCGACUCUGAGAGCCUGCGUCUGGGCUUCACCAGCCUGGCUCUGUCUGGGAUCCCCGGUGACCCUUACUCCAAACAAGGAUACCCCAACGCCCCCCCACCCUCCUCCUCUCGCUCGGGGGGCCACUGGAGCCACGGCCUGCACCCUCAGAACUCCUCCGCCCAGCCGCCACCACACUCUCGCCGCAGCCACAACAGCAGCGGGGGAGGGGGAGAGCGCCGGGGUGAGUCGUCCUCCUCCCACGCCCUGGCUCUGGCUCUGGCUCUGGGCAGAGAGGGGCGAGAGGUGCACCACUCCUCUCGCUCCUCGGCCUCCUCCUCGUCAUCGUCUUCGUCCUCCUCCUCCCACCAUCAGCGCCACCAGCUGCCCCAGCACUACCACCACCAGAGCACGCCGCAGCUGUACCGCGAGAGGGAGCGGGACCGUGAGCGCGAGCGAGAGAAGGAGCGAGACUGGGGCGCCCACCCUCACCCUGUCCCGUUCUCCCACCACCUGCCCUCGCGCUCCUCCUCACAGUCUCUGGCCAUGCUCCCGCCGCCUCCACCCGCCCCUCCCUCCAUCUCCGGGCCCUCCUCCUCCUCGUCUUCUUCGUCUUCGUCUCAGGGGGGCGUGUAUGCCGGGGUAGGUGGCGGCGGCGGAGGAGUCCUGGGAGUGCGUGGAGCUCCAGGCUUGAUGGCCCUGAGGAACAGCCCCCAGCCGCUGAGGAGGACGGCCUCAGGAGGGGGGCCCGGCGGGGCGGGGGGCAGCGACGGCGUCCUGAGCCGAAGCACCUCCGUCACCUCUCACAUCUCCAACGGCUCGCACUUGUCUUACUCCUAG